ACGAAUCAUUCUUCUUACUUGACGUCAACUCCUGAAUCAAGAACAGGCGACGUGAUGUUCGAUUUUUCCAUUGUUGCAUCCAGUGAACGCAUUUCUGAUCAUAUUACCGAAGCGGACCGAGAGAAUAGCUGUAUGGGAAUAUUCCUCUUUUGAAUAACUUGUUGUUGAUGUAAAAUUAAACUCAAGGAUGAGGUUCAUAGGUUGUUUGAUCGUGCUUCUAGCCAUAAAGUUUGGAUGCGGAAACAAAUUUUCAAAUUUUCGUAAAACUGAAGUAUUUGAUGAAGUCUUGGAUGUCGGUCUGAAGACCACGAUCGAUGGUGUUGCUUUGAUGACAUGUGCCAAAACAUGUUCUGACGACGUUGACUGUCGUCGUGUGAAGUUCUGCGAGGAUGACCACGUGUCCGGCCAGUGCAAGAUGUACGAGGAUGGCAAGGACUGUCCCCACGAGGCAGAUGGACGCGAAUGCACGUGUUUUCAGAAGAUGAGGCAAUGUGAGGACGCCAACUGCGCGUGUGCUAUUGGUUUAUAUGGCAACAGCUGUGAGAAGGUCAUAAAAGACUGCAGUGAAGGCAAGAAUCACGGACUUGAGAAUCUGAAGGAAAAACUCUCCUACAUACAACCAGAUGGUGCCGAAGAGCCAUUUGAAGUGCUCUGCGAAUUUCAACAUGGCGGCCUGACUGUGAUCCAGUCUCGCAAGUUGGCAGCUUCUUAUGUCGACUUUAACAGAUCCUUGGAAGAGUACGUACAGGGAUUUGGCCGUCCGAGGUAUAACUACUGGCUUGGCCUGAAACACAUCAGUCUUUUAUUUGCAGCAGGGGACAUGAAAUGUAACAUUAUGAUGACGUACGAGUCGGACUUCUGUCAGGUGUAUUAUGACCGCUGCCAUGUUGGAAACGAGACAGACGGCUAUAAAAUUACCAUCAGUGAUUACUCAACAUCAUUCAACAAACUGUGCGGGAACUCUUUGACCGCCGUGGACAACAUUAACAACGCCCCCUUCUCUACUUACGACUCCGACUCCAGUGGUUACAACUGUACAUCCAAGAUGGCGGCUGGCUGGUGGUACGCGCCAACGACCAACUGCACCCAGGGCAAUCUUAACGCCCCGCUUGUAGCCAGUCCCGCCCAGGGGAACGUACGACUGAAGUGGAUUCUUGAUAAGGGUGAUACUACUUUCACUUCUUCUGUGUUCAGAAUAACUGCUUUAUGAACGACGUGAUUAAAAUGUUGAGCUGCAGCGACUUAGAAAAAAGACUUGUUUUGUUUGACUGGUUUAAAGAGUCAUUGUACGUUAUUAGUCAUGUCUAAGGUUAGCGUUCUGGGUCUCGAUCCACAAGACGUGCGUAGCGCUACGACAUUCGUAAGCCUAUGAUAAACUAUAGAGUCGUAACGUUACGA